AUGUACGGCGUACGAAGAUUUCAUAGCGCGCCGCCGCUCGCGCGGCUCUGGGUGCGGCCGCGCCUCGCGCCGCGCCGUGCUGAUCCAAAAGAGUACGAGGAGCUGCGACGUGUCGUUGCACCGCCGCGCACGCAAACCGGCGACGUAGUCGUCAAGCCGCCGAUCGGCCGCGCACUCGGCUUCGUCGGCAGCGUCGCGGCGGUGAGCUUUUUGGGGUGCGCCGCAUGGUCCGUGUCCAAGACCGAGUGCCUCGCACAGAACCCGUCUGCACGCUUCUUUGCGCCGAUCACGUCCAUGUUUGCGGAUCAGUACGACACACAACGCCUGAGCGACGCCGCCGAGGACGACCUCGUGGCGCAGGCGAACCGCCGCCUUGCGUGGCUCGCGCGCAACACGAAAUUCCUUCCCGAGAUCGUGCGAAGCCCCAUUCUGCGCAUGAGCAUGAGCGCCGCCGAGUGGUACGCGGACCAGCCCGCGUACAAGCGCGCUGCUGUGCCGGUCGUCGCGCUGAAUGCCGGCGUGUUCCUCGCGUGGCUCGCGGCGCCGCGCCUCGGCACGGCCGCGUGGAUGCAGCGCUGCAUGACACAUCGCCCAUCGUCCGGGCGCGUGGUGACGCUGCUUACGUCCGUCUUUAGCCACAAGGCUGCCGGGCACUUUCUCUUUAACAACCUCGCCUUGUGGUCGGUCGGCGGGAGCGCACUGAGCACGCUGGCGCUCCAGCAGGCGUGGGAGAGUCGCAAAGCAAGCGUGCCGGAUGCGUCGCCGCUCCCCCAGUUUUUGGCGUUCUUUGUGACGGCCGGCGCCUUUGCCUCGCUCACGAGCCAUCUCGUGACGGCCGGGCGCUGGCGCAUGGCCGUCCAGCGCAUCAAGGACGCGUCGCGCAUGCUGCAUCGCGCCGCAUCCUCUCAGCGCCCCCAGCUUGGUGCGCAGAUCCGCGCGGCCACCGCCGAGCUCAUGCAGCUUGCGCAGCGCGCGAGUCUCGGCGCGAGCGGUGCGAUCUAUGCGGCGUUUGUGCUGUCUGCGUGCGCGUACCCCCAGGCGAGCCUAAGCAUCAUUUUUCUCCCCUUUACUGCGAUCCCUAUCCAGUGGGGCAUGGCAGGACUGGUCCUGGUCGACAUCCUGGGCAUCGUGCGCGGCUGGCGCCUCUUUGAUCAUGUUGCGCAUCUCGGCGGCGCGCUCUUUGGCCUGCUCUACUAUCUGUACGGGAGUGCAGUGUGGAACGCGUCCAAGCGGUUCGCGGCGCAGUUCCGGCACGGCAAGCCUGCGCCGCAGUAUGGAUAA